AUGCCUAGAUCUGUGACCCGAUCGACGGGUGCGGCGCGCUGUCCACACUCUCCCACCCGCCGUGCGUGCGUUCAACUCCCCCGGUCCCAGGUGGAUCACACGUCCGUCCCUGGAAGCGCCGCGGUGUUCGACCACGGGGGCACGGCGGCGCGAGGCGCGCAGCUACUGGAGCACCUCCUCGGCCCCACGGAAUUCGAUGCGGCCGUAGGGCUCACCGCGCUGGCCACGAGGGAGAAGGCGGAGGCUGCCCUCGAGAAGGGAAACACGAACGAAGCGGAAGCCCUUCUCACCGAGGUUAUUGGGUUCAAUGCUUGUGGUGGUCUGCAUUUGGUGCACAUGAGCAGGUCUAAGGCGAGAUUGGAAAUGGGGGAUAUCCCUGGUGCACUUGGGGAUGCUGAGGAAGCAAUAAGAAUAGCUCCCAGAUUUCCUCAGGCUCACUUAUUGCGAGGCGACGCACUUUUUGCAAUGGGUGAAUAUUCUGUUGCAGAAGAUGCCUAUGCAGAUGCCUUGGAUCUUGAUCCAUCUAUUCGCCGGUCCAAGUCUUUCAGGGCUCGCUUGGAAAGGCUACGAGAGAAGCUUGUUAGUGCCAAUAAUCCGUAGUUCACUUUGAAGCUCUCUCUCCAUCAGAAGUUCCAUCCACAAGUAAUGUAGAUAUGUUCUUGGUGAAGGUAUUAAUGCUCACACACUUUGCAAGCCACGUCAGAAAUUGAUUGUUGCCACAGCUUGGAGGAUCCAGCAGUUCAUAUG